AUGCAUUGGGGGUAUCGGCAUGCGCUCGAAGUGGCACUGAUAUCGUUUUAUCUCGGUGUAUGUUUUACGCUGGGUGUUUCCUUAAUGAUUCAUAGCGUAUAUUACACCGGAAGUGUUGCCGAAUACGCCGUUGGGGCGUAUGUUAUUAGUUCAAUAGUGCUUUUCCAUAUGAGCGAAUUCCUUGUGGCCGUAUAUUUCCUCCGGCAUGACGCCCAUCCGGGUGCAUUCAUGAUAUUUCACUCGCGUGAGUAUACCGUUGCAGGUGCCGCUGCCUGGUUGGAGUUCUUUACGGAACUUUUUUUCUGUUCUGAAGGCUGGAAGGUUUCCGCAACAUCACGUUGGGGUUGGUUGUUUCGUCUCAACUACACUAUGGUGAACUGUGCAGCUGUUUUGACUAUAUUUUUCUACUUGGUGCGUGUGUGUGGUAUGGCACAUUGUGGAUGUAAUUUUUCAUUGUUGAUUGAGACGAGGCGAAGAUCAAAUCACGUACUCGUCACAGACGGUAUUUACUCAAUAUUGCGUCAUCCCGCUUAUUUUGGGUAUUUCUGGACGGCUCUCUUCUCACAACUUGUAUUGGCAAACCCCUUUUGUUUCAUGGCGUAUGCCAUUGUUUUGAUACGUUUCUUCAAGGAGCGUAUAACAUAUGAGGAAACAGUUCUGUCCAGUGUGGAGUUCUUUGGUGAAUCUUACAUGAAAUAUAAAGCUGGAACAUGGGUGGGGAUUCCUUUCAUUCGUUAG